AUGGCCGAAAAGGCCCGAAUCAAGGGGAUGGUGGAGUCGCUAGCGGCGGCGGAGAUGUCCACCAUGUGCCGCUGUCAAUAUAUUGGAUACUAUGAGGCUCAGAACGGGGGUCUUUGCGGUGGAGAAGAGAAGUUCGUCACAGUGGGCAGUGAGAAAUAA